AUGAAAAAGGCUACGGCACUUUUUUCGGUCGCUGGGCAAGCACUGUGCACCUGGGCCCUUUCUGGCUACGUCGGAACAGAGUCGUCCAGCAGCAUCGCAGUCGCCCGGCAGGCAGCCAUCCCUGAUGUGGACAUUCCGCAGUCGGUCGAAAGCAUUUGGGACAGUCUCACAGGAAACAACAACUGCCUGGGAUGCCAAGGAAUCCUUCUCAUCUUGAAGACGCUCGCAAACUUCGGUGACGAUAUUUUCGUCGGCGCUCUGCAGAAGCUUUGCAAUGCCGCUUCCUCCGAAGAUGAAGACGUCUGUAACGGCACUCUAGCUCUGGAAGGCCCCGUGAUUGCUGCUAGUCUCCGCGAUCUCACCCUGGGAAGCAAGGCAGCUCAAGUCUUCUGCACAACCCUCCUCGGCCUCUGCGAGUACCCUGAGGUUGAGCCGUACACCAUCUCCAUGCCCCCCAAGACUGUCACCUCUCCUCUCCCGGCAAGCGUCUCCUCAAACGGAACAAAACCCGCCACUUUCAAGAUCGCGCACUUCUCAGACAUCCACAUCGACCCUCUCUACGUCACCGGCUCCAACGCCAACUGCUCCAAGCCGAUGUGCUGCAGACCGUACACCCCGGCCGAUGAGCCCGGCAACAACGACUUCCCCGCCGGCCCCUUCGGCGACCACAACUGCGGCGCCCCCCUGAGCCUCGAACAGAGCAUGUACGCCGCCAUCAACGCCCUCUCCCCCGACUUCGCCCUCUUCACCGGCGACAUCGUCGACCACGCCAUCUGGAACACCACCGUCGCCCAAAACUCCGCCGAGAUCAGCAUGGCGUACCAGCACAUGGCCGACGCGGGGCUGCAGAUCUACGGCACCGUCGGCAACCACGAAAUGUCCCCCGCCAACGCCAUCCCGCCGACGCACCUCGGCGCCGGCGCGCAGUGGCUGUACGAUGUCGUCUCCGAGGCGUGGAGCAGGUGGAUUGGGUCAUCUGCGGAGGCGAAGGCGGUUGGUGCGUACUCGGUCAAGACGCCCCGGGACGGGUUGAGGGUGAUUUCGGUGUCGACCAACUUUUGGUACACGCUUAACUUUUGGCUGUAUAAGGAUGUGCAGAGGGAUCCGAGUGAUCACUUGAAAUGGCUCGUCGGGGAGCUCGAUGCAGCGGAGAAAGCUGGCGAGCGCGUGUUCCUGGUUGGGCAUAUGCCCAUGGGCACUUCUGAUGCGCUCCACGAUGGAUCGAACUACUUUGAUCAGAUUGUCAACCGAUACAAGUCAACCAUCGCCGGGCUUUUCUUUGGACAUACCCAUCUCGACCACUUCCAAAUCAGCUACUCCAACUACACCAACCGCACCGCCUCCAACGCCGUCGCAACAUCCUACAUCGCCCCCUCCAUGACCCCCCUCUCCGGCAUGCCCGCCUUCCGCCUCUACACCAUCGACUCCACCACCUUCGCCAUCCUCGACAUCGAGACCUACGUCGCCGACAUGACCGACCCGACCUUCCAAACCACCGGACCCGUGUGGAAACUCUCCUACGCCGCUAAGAAGACCUUCGGCGCCCUCCUGGACACCCCCGUCGCCGCGGAAGCGGAGCUGACCCCGGCGUUCUGGCACAACGUUACCGUCGCGCUGGAAAACGACCCGGCCGCGUUUGAGGCGUACUGGGCGCGCAGGACGCGCGGGUGGAACGUGCCGGAGUGCGACGACGCGUGCCGUAAGGCUGAGAUUUGCCAGCUGCGUGCGGCGAGGAGCCAGGAUAACUGUUUUGUGCCGACGCCCGGUAUGUCUUUUGGCAUCAGAUCGGAGGACGGGACGAGGAAGCCGGCGGAGUGUGAGCGCUCGGUGGCCAGGGAGACGAUUGGAUCGCUUGCUGUCCGCAAGAGCCAAGUUGAACUUCUCGAGGCGUUGCUGAAGGAGUACCAGGCUCGAAAGUGA